AUACUGGUACCAGUGAGCAGUACCAGUAGCAGUACUGGUACCAGUACCAAUGAUUACCCGUUGCAGGUGACGAGUAACGGCGCUGCCGGGGCCGCGGCCGAGGCCGAGAGCGCGCGGGGGCAGCAGCAGCAGCAGCAGCAGCAGCAGCAGCAGCCGGCGCCCAACGCCUGGCAGGUGCUCAAGGGGGUCCUGUUCAGGAUUUUCAUCAUCUGGGCCAUCUCCAGCUGGUUCCGGAGGGGAGCGGCGCCGGCGGAGCCGAGCGGGGCCGGGGGCAGCGCCCGCAGCCCCAGCAGGAACCUGUUCCCAAAGGACACCCUGAUGGACCUCUAUGUGUACAUCUCUGAGCACGAGCACUUCACGGAUUUCAACGUGAGCUCGGCGCUGUUCUGGCAGAAACGGGACCUGGUGUACGGGGACUGGACCAGCGGCGAGAACGCCGACGGCUGCUACGAGCACUCGGGGGAGGUGGACAUCUCCCAGAGUGUCCAGAGGAACGGCUCUAUCUACGUCCACGUUUACUUCACCAAGAGCGGCUUCCACCCCGACCCGCGGCAGAAAAGCCUCUACCGGCGCCUGGCCACCGUGCACACCUCCAGGAUGAUCAACAAAUACAAACGGAGGCGAUUCCAGAAAACCAAAAAUCUCCUGACAGGGGAGACAGAGGCAGAUCCUGAAAUGAUCAAGAGGGCCGAGGACUUUGGGCCGGUCGAGGUCAUUUCGCACUGGCACCCCAACCUGACCAUCAACAUGGUGGAUGACCACACCCCCUGGGUCAGGGGCAGCGUCCCCCCGCCCCUGGAUCAGUAUGUGAAAUUCGACGCCCUGAGCGGGGACUAUUUCCCCAUCCUGUACUUCAACGAUUACUGGAACCUGCAGCGGGAUUAUUUCCCCAUCAACGAGAGCGUGCGGCGCCUGCCCUUCCGUCUGUCCUUCUGUCCCCUGUCCCUGUGGCGCUGGCAGCUCUACGCAGCCCAGAGCUCCAGGUCCCCCUGGAACUUCCUGGGGGAGGAUCUGUACGAGCAGUCUGACGAGGAGCAGGACUCUGUCAAGGUGGCUCUCCUGGAGACCAACCCCUACCUGCUGGCGCUCACCAUCGUCGUCUCCAUCGUCCACAGCGUCUUCGAGUUCCUGGCCUUCAAAAACGACAUCCAGUUCUGGAACAGCCGGCAGUCCCUGGAGGGGCUCUCGGUGCGCUCCGUGUUUUUCGGGGUGUUCCAGUCCCUCGUGGUCCUGCUCUACAUCCUGGACAACGAGACCAACGUGGUGGUGCAGCUCAGCGUCUUCGUGGGGCUGCUCAUCGACCUCUGGAAAAUCACCAAGGUCAUGGACGUGCGGCUGGACCGGCAGCAGAAGGUGGCCGGGAUGUUUCCCCGCGUGAGCUUCAAGGACAAAUCCACCUACGUGGAGUCGUCCACCAAGGUCUACGACGACAUGGCGUUCCGGUACCUGUCGUGGAUCCUGUUCCCGCUGCUGGGCUGUUACGCCGUGUACAGCCUGCUGUACCUGGAGCACAAGGGCUGGUACUCGUGGGUGCUCAGCAUGCUCUACGGCUUCCUGCUGACCUUCGGUUUCAUCACCAUGACCCCCCAGCUGUUCAUCAACUACAAGCUGCAGUCCGUGGCUCACCUGCCCUGGCGCAUGCUCACCUACAAGGCCCUGAACACUUUCAUCGACGACCUGUUCGCCUUCGUCAUCAAGAUGCCCAUGAUGUACAGGAUAGGCUGCCUGAGGGAUGACGUGGUGUUCUUCAUCUACCUGUACCAGCGCUGGAUUUACCGCGUGGACCCCACGCGCGUCAACGAAUUCGGGGGCACCGGGGAGACCCCCAAACCCCCCCUGCCCCCCGGCCCCUCCCCCACAGCGCUGCCCCCCGCCCCUCCCCCCCCUCCCCAAAAACCCCCCGAGGACAAGAAGAAGGAUUAACCCCUCCCCCACCCCACCACCAGCACAUUCCCUCAAAAAAAAAAAACA